AUGGGGAGGAAGGAAAGGGAGAAGAAUGGAUUACGGGUGAGGAGGGGUGGAGAUAGAAAAGGCCACCAUGGAGGAGGAUGGCUUAUGGGCGAGUUGGAUGAGGAGAAUGAGGAGGAAGGAAAGGAGGUGGAGGGAUGGGUGGAUUUGGAGAAGGAAGAGGAUGAUGAGGAAAAGAAUGGAGUGCAGCAAAGGAGGAACUCAUGGGAGGAUGGUGUCUCAGGAACCAACUGCCCAAUUCCACCUGGGAAGAACUUCACCUAUAUUUUGCAGGUGAAGGACCAAAUUGGCAGCUUCUUCUACUUCCCCUCACUUUACUUCCACAAGGCAGCCGGUGGCUUCGGUGGUUUUCGAAUCCUUAGCCGGCCUCUCAUCCCUGUCCCCUUCCCGGAGCCUGCCGGUGACUCCACAAUCCUCAUCGGCGAUUGGUACAAGGCCAAUCAUAAAGUUUUGAGAGCCAGGCUAGACCGUGGCAAGAAGCUUCCUUUCCCUGACAGCAUUCUCAUUAAUGGCCGUGGUCCCAACGGCGCUUCUGUUACGGUUGAACAAGGCAAGACUUACAGGCUUCGGAUCUCAAAUGUGGGGCUACAACAUUCACUCAACAUCCGAAUCCAAGGUCACAAAAUGAAGCUGGUGGAGGUGGAGGGAACUCACACCCUCCAGAACACAUACUCCUCCAUUGACAUCCAUGUUGGCCAGUCAGUAUCGGUUCUUGUCACCGCCGACCAGCCGCCGAAGGACUACUAUAUCGCUGUCUCCACCCGUUUCACCACCACCAUCCUAACAACCACUGCUGUUCUUCACUACAGCAACUCGAGGGACAAAGUUUCUGGCCCAAUUCCUGGUGGGCCGACCAACCAGAUUGACUGGUCUCUUAAUCAGGCCCGUUCCUUCCGGACCAACCUUACUGCUAGUGGACCGAGGCCAAACCCCCAGGGUUCAUACCACUACGGCAUGAUCCCUGUCACCCGCACCAUCAGGCUCGCCAACUCGGCCGCCCAGGUGAACGGCAAGCAACGUUAUGCAGUUAACAGCGUUUCCUACGUCGAGCCGGACACCCCCUUAAAACUAGCAGACCACUUCAAGAUUGGAGGAGUUUUCCGGCUUGGAAGCAUCUCUGAUAAUCCCACAGGUGCAAAUGUCUACCUCGACACCUCAGUGAUGGCUGCUGACUUCCGAAAAUUCGUAGAAAUUGUGUUCGAAAACAAGGAGAGCAUUGUCCAGUGCUGGCACCUUGAUGGCUAUAACUUCUGGGUCGUGGGGAUGGAUGGUGGGAAUUGGAGUCCGGUUAGUAGAAAAGGAUACAAUCUUAGAGAUGCAGUAUCUCGCUGCACCAUCCAAGUAUAUCCCAGGUCAUGGACGGCAGUGUAUAUUAUGCUUGACAAUGUGGGGAUGUGGAACUUGAGGACUGAGUUCUGGGCACGUCGAUAUCUUGGGCAGCAAUUUUAUCUGCGUGUAUAUUCUCCACUCGAAUCCAUAAGGGAUGAGUAUCCGAUCCCCAAGAAUGCCCUGCUCUGCGGCAAGGCAACUGGCCGACAUACUCGCCCUCUCUGAACUUGGCCAUGCAAGAUUAGAUAAUAAUUGAGUAAAAAGAAAAUAUAUGGAUGGACUUUAUACAUAAAUAAUUUAUAUGCUACAGUUCCAUUUGGUGGUUUCAGCAAAAGAUUUUUAGCUUCAAGUCAAAGUAUAGAUGGGGCGGCUGCCUUCUCUUCCCAAAGGGAACCAUGGAGAAUCACUAGGAGAAACUAAAAAUAUCUCUGCUAAGAAGGAUAUCUGUUUCAUUACCUUAACGAAACUCUAUUAACU